AUGCGUCAUCUGCACAACGCUGGCUCCCAAAACCAGUUCUCCUUCGGCUUUUGCGUAAGGGAGGAAACGAGGAGGAGAAGGGAUGGUGAUGUUCUCUGCGUCCGCGCGUCUUCGAUCGAUUACGGUCGAUCCGUGGACGAGGAGAGCGAGGAAGACGACGAGGAGGAAGAGAGGAGUCGAGACGAUCGACGGAGCAGAUCGAAGUUGCAAGCGAGUUCUUCCGAGAAAAAUGUCCAAAGCAGGAGCAGCAGCGGCAGCAGAAUAUCUUCGGCAAAGUCGGCACCUUCGCCCGCUCCGCCGAGCGCAAACAGAGGCACGCAGAUUAAUCAAAUCAACACCGAACUCGUCUGGGAGCUUGAGAGGAAAGGCGAAGGAUGGGGAGAAGAGAUUUUCCCAUCUUUGAAACAGAAACGACGCGUGAUUGAACCGUUGGCGUCUCGAAAACGACCGAGUAACAUGCAAGCGUACGUGGAAGAUUACUUGGUAGAAGUCGUCGGUUUUACAGAAGACGAAGCGGUGGCGACAUUUUCAGCCGCGGCAGCGUGGCGGAUUACCGCCAGAGGCAGAGCGUUAGUCGAUCGAAAACGGAUGAAACUCAUCGCGGAAAAUGCUCAGAAUGCUAUAGAAGUUUUUAGAAGGUGCGGCUUGUCUCAGGAAGAAGUUCGACAAGUUAUCCGAGCGGCGCCGCAGGUGUUGGCGGUUUCACCGACGCAGUCGAGAUGGAAUUUUAGUUUAUUAGAGUACGCCGCGAGACAGUUAUCGGAGAGUGGAGGUACGUUAGGGAGAGUUCGAAUGCGCGAGCGGACUGGGAGACCGCCGUUGAGAGACGAAAGCGGCCAGGUGAAGGAAACGUAUUACGCGAGAACGAAAGGUUUGGUGAAGAGAGCGCCAGAGACAUUGAGAGAAUGGGUCUUGGAGACGCGCUUGAAUAGAACAUCCGGAUCGUUAGCUCAAGAGCAACUGUAUUUGCUCGAUAUUGUAGGUUUCGACGCAUUAGAACCAGAGACCAAGGUUUUACAAGCAAACACGGUCUGGGAAAGUUGGUUCGACGAGUUGGUUGAGUACCAGUGCAUCACCGGGAACUGCGAUCCGAGUUAUUCCGAACGCGAGAAAGGCGGUUUAGGAAGGUGGGUUGCGAAACAACGAUCGUUGUUCAAGAAUGGAAAACUUUCGAAGAAACGCGAGUUUCGAUUGCGUACUUUAGGUUUAAAACUCGACGAAGACGAGGCGGAGAGUACCGUUUCAGUGGUGAACAUAAAUUUCCAAGGCGGACUGACUGCUUUUGACGAAUCCGCUUCGGAUAUGGCCAUGUUUUUAGCCGAGCGAGGACAAUAUGCAGAGCCUCCUUUGGGAAGUCCUUUGGCGGUAUGGCUGAUGAAAACGAGAGAAAUGGCUGAAAAAGGUGAGUUAACGGAGAGACAGUUGGAUAAAUUAGCCAUCAUCGGCGUCGACUUAACGCCUAUUUCCGCCGCGUGGUUGAAAAAUUUAUCGGAAAUGUCAGAUUACGUGAGUAGGAAAAGGGUAGUAAAUUUGCAGAAAGCAAACAGCAUCAAAGCCUGGAUAGAAGAUCAAAAGGAGGCGUACAGAAAAGGAAAAUUAACUGAGGCUCAGAUUAAGCGCUUAGAGGCUUUGGACCCGAUUGUAUUUCUUGAUUUUUCAACGAAGUCGUCUUCAUCCAUCAACGCGCGCUGA